AUGGAUUGUACUCUAUAUUAUUAGCAUGAAUUAGAAGUUAUAUUCAAAGAAGCAUCUACAUCUUAAGAUUUAAUAAGUUUGGGAAGUUUUAAAUUAGUAAAUGAUGAAUACGAAUACGCCACUUUCAAAUUCCAAAAUUUGAUUGAGAUGCUAAAAAAUAUUCUGAUGAUCAUUCUAAAUACCAUGAAAAAAAAUAGAAGUUGAAGGAAUUAACAAAAAGUGCUGAGGAUUAUGAAGCUAUUUAAAGUAUGACAAGAGAACAACAAAAUUUCACAUAUAUCAAAGUUAAGAGAGAGAAGAUUCAAUUUCAAUAUUGAGUUUCUUAAAGAGUUUAAAGAGUUUUAUAUCCUCAGUUAAGCCUAUCGUAAAUUGAAUGAUCAACAUGAAGAUCAAUAAGAAUUGUAAAAACACAGAGAUUACAUUCUCCAAAAGAUUGAAAAGAUUAAGAAGACAAGAUUGAAAAACAUUUCAAUAGAAUAAAAUGGAAUACUACUCUUAGUGAAAUCUCAUACCUUACAAAAUUUUAGAAAAAGGAAGGAGUAUUAUUAUAAUUUUUUAUUUUAGGAUUAAUUCUUAUAACAUGAUUUAACUACUUACCAAUAUAUUGAUUAAAUAAAAGUGGCUGCUCCAUUCUAUACAAAUCAAAUUGAUUUAGCUAUAGAUUUGA